AUGCGCUCUUUUCUCAGAAGUCGUCUGGCUAGUCCAAGCUGCGCAGUUCGUCCUUGUCGUCGCCAUGCCUUCACAACCACCACCCAAGUCGCGCGCAAACCAUCAGAGUUCACCUUCAGACGGACGCCUAGUGGUAACCCUCGUGCCAGUAUCGGCAAGCUGAAAGACGGUCUAGAUUCAACACAGGAAGCCACGGCCGCGAACCAACGUGAAGUAAACCGAACCUAUGCCAUCUUUCGAAAACUGGCCCUCACGCGAUGCGAUUCUAUGAUGACCACUUCGAGGAGCUUCGCCAGCAGGAAAGAUGAAUACAAGGCCUUUGGCGUUGACACGCAGUUGGAUUUCCAGCGAGAGGCCAAGCUGUUUAAGGUUUCCAUCGAAAGGUCCUGUGACCUGGCAAGCCUAAAGGGUGUUAUCUCGAGGACCGACAACCCCCUGUUCUGGCAGCUGCGCAGUGCCUUCGUCGAGCGCGACAUCAAGGGCCUGAACGAAGAGAUCGUAUACGCUUUUCAGAACUUCCUCAUGCGUUCGAGGUUCCCCAAGAACAUCGCCGCCACCCACAAGAAGAUCGCUGAUUUCCGAUUCCCUUACGAAUGGUUCCCCGCCACGCGAGCUCUUCAGCGUACCGUCUACCUGCACGUCGGCCCUACGAAUUCGGGAAAGACCUACAAUGCGCUAAAAGCUCUGGAGGAAGCCAAGUCCGGCAUAUAUGCGGGACCGCUCCGGUUACUGGCACAUGAAGUCUAUUCUCGCUUCUUGGCCAAGGGCAAGAAAUGUGCACUCAUCACGGGAGAGGAGCAGCGUGUGCCCAAAGACGAGGACAACUACUUUAGGAGUUGCACCGUCGAGAUGACGCCGCUGAAUCACAUGGUCGACGUUGCCGUGAUUGAUGAGAUCCAGAUGAUCGGAGACAGCGAGAGAGGGUGGGCAUGGACGCAAGCAUUCCUCGGUGUUCAAGCCAAAGAAGUCCACCUAUGCGGGGAGGAGCGAGCCGUCGAACUAAUCCAGUCUUUGUGCGCUACCAUCGGUGACAAAUGCGUGCUUCGUCGGUACGAGCGCCUGAGCGGGCUGCAGACCAUGAGCGAGUCUCUGUCCGGUAGCUUCCAUAACCUACAGAAAGGCGACGCCGUCGUCUCCUUUUCUCGAGUUGGAAUACAUUCACUCAAGAAGCAGAUUGAGAAUGCCACGGGAAGACGCGUUGCCAUUGUCUACGGAUCGUUGCCGCCCGAGAUCCGGGCUCAGCAAGCCGCGCUCUUCAACGACCCAGACAAUGAUUAUGAUAUUCUCGUUGCCAGCGACGCCAUCGGCAUGGGUCUCAACCUGGAGAUCAGACGAGUUAUUUUCGAACAGACGCACAAACGGGACGGCAACAAUUACCGUCAGAUGACGAUAUCUGAAGUCAAGCAGAUAGGCGGUCGAGCUGGUCGCUUCAGAACAGCCAACCACGCGAUCAAAUCCGGUGCGCAGAAGGACUCGGACGUGGGCGCGGCAGCUCUACCAGCUAAACCUGGUCAACCGGGGUUGGUGACGGCUAUGGAAGACGACGACUUGGCGGUGGUAAUUGAGUCGUUCAAUCGAGAAGCGGAGCCUCUAAAAACAGCCGGAAUACAGCCUCCCCCUUACGUGAUCGAGCGGUUCUCGUCGUACUUUCCACCGAACACCCCUUUCAGCUACAUCCUCCUACGCUUGCGGGAAAUAGGCCGGCUCUCCUCAAGGUAUCACAUCUGCUCCGUAAAGGAAAUGUUGUCAAUUGCAGACCUGAUACAACCUUUUCCCAUGUCAGUGUACGACCGGUGUGUCUUCUUGAACGCCCCGGUUGCUCUGAGAGAGCCCCGUUUUGCGGAGGUGGUCCAAGCUAUGGCACGGUGCGUCUCCAGCAUGGAAGGUGGUGAUUUGGUGGACAUCAAAGAGAUCGACCUAGAGCUUCUCGACGUCGAUAAGGAGAAUUACAAACCCGGCGCGGCUGAAUAUCUGUCACGGCUAGAAACGCUCCACAAGGCCAUCACCCUGUACCUGUGGCUGUCCUACCGUUACUCGGGCGUCUUCAGCAGCCAAGCCCUUGCAUUUCAUGUCAAGGCGCUUGUCGAAGAGAAGAUAGACGCCCAACUCUCCGAGGUCAACCUCACGAACGCGUCUCGCAGGGCGAGAAACGAAGCCAUCAAGAAGUCAGCCAGGGCUAGAAAGGCCAAGAUGGCAAACAUUGUUGGCGACAACGACAUUGCCGACGGUCCACCACAUGAAGGUCCCGGCGAGUGGAGACAAGAAGGCCACGAAGAGCCCCUGUUCGAUGAUCAGGCGGAACUCGAGCAGAUCACCCGACUGGAACGGAAAUCCGGCAAGAACGGGGCAGAACGAAGUCCCUAA